AUGGUGGGUGGAUGGGUGCCGUGUGACAUCUGCCGCGGGCCCGGACGUCGCGUGGCCGUGCGUAGCUGCCUACGGUGCGAGGUCUCGCUGUGCGAGUGUCACCUGGAGCCACACUCCCGGCUGCCUCACCUGCGCCUGAGCCACCCCCUCGUCGCCCCCAGGCCGCGGGGAGCGGCGGCGGAGGAGGAUGAGGAUGACGACGAGGAGGAGGAGGACGAGGAUGAGGAUGGCGCGGCUAGGAGGAGGAGGAGGAGGAUGAGGUGGACGAGGUGUGACGAGCACGGCCUGGAGCUGGAGCUGUACUGCCGGGAGGAGGGGGAGCUCGCCUGCCGGGCCUGCACGGCCGACUCGGGGCGGCACGGCCGUGGACACCGUGCGGGGCCCGUGGCCGAAGAGCGAGCGCGGCAGAGCGAGCGGCUCGUCUCGUGCAAGCGUUGCCUACGGGACAGGCAGAGGAGCAUCAACGUCUACCUGCAGGAGCUCCACCGCACCACUCUGGCCCUCGACGAGUCGUGCGUGGCGACCGAGUCUCGCCUGGCCGCCAAGUUCGACUCCCUGCUGGGGCUGCUGACAGCGGAGCGCCUCUCGGCUCUGGCGACGCCCCGGGCGGAGCUCCGCGCCAAGGAGGCGGAGCUCCGCGCCGAGGCCGCGAGGCUCCGCGCGGAGCUGGGACUCCUCCAGGAGGCGCUGGGUGCCGUGCACGAGCUCGAGGCGACGGAGAACCACGUGGCCUUCAUCCGGGGCUAUAUGAAAGAUGGUGAAAGGCUACUGACCCUGAGCCAGUCUCCUUUGGACCCGCCCGUCCGACCGGGUCUGCACUUUGCCGAGUCCUCUCGAAGUGAGGCUUACGUGGACAAGAUUCUGGACUUCCUAGCGAGGCCCAGCGGGCCCAAGGAGGCCGACGAGGAGUCGGUCGGCGGGGUGGGGGAGGGGGGGUGGAGGAGGCUUCGCCCGGGCUCCGGCUUGGGCUCCAGGGAGCGAGUGGAGCCCCUCCAGUUGCCACAACUCCGCGCCGCGCUCGGGAAUCUUUUCCGGAGGAGGAGCAGCGGCAGCCUCGGCGGCGGCGGCAGCGGCAGUGGCAGGGAAGCCACGAGCAGAAGAAGCUACAUCAAGAACUAUGGAUGCACGCCCACCCUGAACCCGGACACGGCCCACCCGCGGCUCGCCAUCUCCGACGACCUCCUCACGGCCACGUGGACCCAGCAGGAGCAGCCCCCCCGGGCGCGGGCCUGGAGGUCCGCGAUCCUCCGGAACGCUUCCACGACACGUGUAUCCCCAGGCGCUGUGCUCCGAGUCCUUCUCGUCCGGCCGCCACUACUGGGAGGUGGCUGUGCCGGCCGCCGGCCGCUGGCUCGUCGGCGUCGCCUACGGCUCGCUGCCGCGCAGGAGCGGUGCACGCGCGGCAUGAACUCCUCCUCCUGGUGCCUGCAGGGCGAGCCCGGGGCCCUGGUCGCGUGGCACGCCGGCGCCGAGACGGCCGUGGAAGCCGGCGGCGGCGGAGGCGGCGGAGGCGGCGUUGGAGGCAGCGGAGGAGGCGGCGGAGGCCGGGCGGCUGUCCUUCUUCGGAUGCGGCGGCGGCGACUCGUUGAGGCCGCUCCAUUCGUUCGGCGCGGCCUUCUCGCGGCCGCUGCACCCGCCGUGGGCGUCGCCUGGAGCGGGAGCGUCUACCACGCGGGGGCGGUCGGCUCGGUGUCCAUCGUGAAGGUGGUGGACAAGCGAUGA